UGUGUUUGUGUGUGUUCGUCUCAACGUAGCACGAAAUGUGUCUCCUCUCAGCAAAGGCACACACUGACGGGAGAUGUGCUAGUUAACGGUUUUUUUAUGAUACUGAAAGUUCUGUUUUGUCUUCCUAAGACUGUCUGGAUUGUACACCCUGUAUAUUAAAACAUUCCGCUUGUAAAACGCAAUAUUUAUUGGCCGUUUUCGCUUCUUCUGAAGAGUGUCCGCGUCCCCUCCCCUCGAUGAAGCGCUGCGAUGCCCUCUGAUUUUGUAUCCCUCCUUAGCUCGGAUCUCGACCUCAAUUCCCCCAAAUCUCUAUACUCAAAAGAGUCGGUAUAUGACCUCCUCCCUAAAGAGCUCCAGCUCCAGCCGCCGUCCACCCAGACAGACCCGCCCGCCAUGAGCCAGACAAGUGGGGGAGAGGCCGGACCUCCCCCCUCUGCAGCCUUGGCCUCAGAUGCCACCUCCACCUCCAGCCCCUCUGCCUCCUCCCUGGCCAUGGGAGCCCCAGCCACUGGCUCCUCUACCUCAUCCUCAGACCAUCUCAAGGUUUCCCAGCAUCUCCACUCCUCCGGAUUGGAUGGAGCUGGAGCUUCAGAGAUGCAAGGUAUGGAGGGUGCUGCAUCUGCCCCCAGCAGAGGCAACAGUGGCGCAAACACUGCAGCAGGGGACUUGGGGUCAGGAGUGUUGCCAGGGCUAGGAGUGCAGCAGCCUCAGAAUACCCCAUCGAAACGGAGGCCUGUGUUGAGCAUAUCCCCACCACCUGAAGACCUUUUCGAUGACAGCCAGAUGUCUUGCCAAGAGGAGCCUACAGUAUCCGCUCCAACAGGACCAGACUCAGAGCACAGCAGCAGUAUAUGGGCUGAUGAUUCCCUCUCGAACUUCAGCUUGAUCAGCUCCAUCUCCUACAAUGACAACACAGAGGUGCCACGCAAGUCUAGAAAGCGCACUCCACGCCAGCGGCCUGGCCCUAAGCCGGCUAAUCCAGAGGACAGCAUGGAUGUGUUUGAUGCUGACAGUGCCAAGGCCCCUCACUUCGUCCUGUCCCAGCUGAGCACAGACAAGACUGGUCCCAGCACUCUUGAGUCUGGAACUGUAGCGAAGAGUGGGUCACUGUCUACUCACUUCCCCCAAAGGGGUGAUGGGAAGGAGCUUAAGAUCCUGGUGCAGCCAGAGACCCAGCACAGAGCACGCUAUCUGACCGAGGGCAGCAGGGGGUCUGUCAAGGACCGCACACAACAGGGAUUCCCUACUGUCAAGUUGGAGGGUGUGAGUGAACCUGUUGUGCUGCAGGUGUUUGUGGCGAAUGACGCAGGCAGAGUGAAGCCUCAUGGUUUCUACCAGGCAUGCAGAGUAACGGGACGCAACACUACAGCAUGCAAGGAGGUGGACAUAGAGGGCACUACCGUUAUUGAGAUCCCUCUGGAGCCCGGCAGUGACAUGACACUCGCGGUGGACUGUGUAGGAAUUUUGAAGCUGCGUAAUGCAGAUGUGGAGGCCCGUAUUGGUGUGGCAGGGUCUAAGAAGAAGAGCACACGUGCCAGACUAGCGUUCAGAGUCAGCAUCCCCCAACCUGAUGGAUCAUCCCUUACACUACAAGUCCCCUCAUCACCCAUCCUCUGCACUCAGCCAGCAGGAGUGCCAGAGAUCCUGAAGAAGAGUCUUCACAACGGCACAGCUAAAGGAGGAGAGGAAGUUUUCAUCAUCGGAAAGAACUUCCUUAAAGGAACCAAAGUAAUUUUUCAGGAGAACAUUUCAGAUGAUAAUUCCUGGCAAGCUGAGGCAAAUAUUGACAUGGACCUUUUCCAUCAGAACCAUUUGAUUGUGACGGUCCCGCCCUUCCACAACCAGUCAAUCACUUCUCCAGUGUCUGUGGGAAUCUAUGUGAUGACCAAUGCCGGUAGAUCACAUGAUGCCCAGCCCUUCACCUACACUCCAGACUCAGCUGACAACUUAAAUAUCCGAACAGUAAAAACAGAGCAGCCCUCCCUGGUCGAGACGUGUGCGUUUGACAGCCAGAUCAAAUCUUCUGAGCGAGCUGACUGCUCCGCUCAGCCCUGCAAACGACAGGAGGACACACCUAUGGAAGUAUCAAGCAAUCCACCACAAACAGAUGUCUUCAAGCCAUCCUCCGACCCUCUUGUCUCAGUGCAACAGACCCUGGAGCUCACUUCUAGUCCUCAUCCAGGUGGAGAGACCUUUCAGAGCCCAAUGCCCCUGCAACCUGAAGAUGUGGAGCUCCCACAUGCACCCCCUGUUUUUCCAAGCUUAGAGUCUCUCAGCACCAUACAAAAGCAAGAAAUUGCCCCCUCUGCCUCCUUUCCAGUGGCAGGAGAUACCACAAUCCCCCCUGUGACCCCAGAAGUCCCCCAGCAGUUCCUAAGAGACCAGGACACCCUGCCUCCUGAGAGUUCCACCAACAGUGGAGGCGUUGUAGUUGUGGCCAUGCCUCAGCUGACAACUCCCUCUCAAUCACAACCACAACAGUCGCAGGUGUCCCUGUUCCCGCAGGAAGGAGUGGCCGAGCUGGAGAGGGCAGUGAGGGAGCUGCAGGCUGGAGGUAACACCACGCUCCAGCAGGUGUUUGAGGCGGCCGUAGUCCAGCAGCAGCUGAACUCUGUGCUGUACAGCCCCACACUCUCUGCAGACUCCCUUCAGCAGCACGUUCAAGAGAACAUGAACAGCCUCAGACUGGGAACCACAGAUAAUCCAAUGUCUACACAACAACAACUACAGAUACAACAACAGCAACAGUUACAACAACAACAACAACAGCAACAACAGUUACAGCAACAGCAGCAACAACAGCAAAUUCAGCAACAGUUUCAACAGCACCAACAACUGCAGCAACAGCAAAUACUUGGUAACCUUCAACAUCAACAACAACAGCAACAGUUGCAGCAACAGCAGCAACAAUUACAGCAACAGCAGCAGCAAGUUCUUGGCAACAUGCAGCUCCAACAACAAAUAAUACUCCAGCCACAAGACCAACAGCAACUGCAGCAACAGCAAAUCAUUGAGAACAUUCAACAGCAACAACAACAGUUGCAACAAAAUCAGCAACAGCAGGUCCUUAACAACAUCCAGCUCCAGGAUCAGCAACAACAAAAUCAGAUACUUAACAAUUUACAACAACAUCAGCUACAGCAGCAGCAGCAGCAACAGCAAAGUCAAGCAUUGAGCAACUUACAACAGCAACAACAGCUGCAGCAAAAUCAAGCUUUGGGCAACUUGCAACAGCAACAACAAUUGCAGCAAAAUCAAGCUUUGAGCAACUUACAGCAGCAACAGCAACUGCAGCAGCAAAAUCAAGCUUUGAGCAACUUACAGCAGCAACAGCAACUGCAACAGCAAAAUCAAGCUUUGAGCAACUUACAACAGCAGCAACAACUGCAACAGCAAAAUCAAGCUUUGAGCAAUCUACAACAACAGCAACUGCAAGAGCAACAGGUCUUAGAGAAUUUACAGCAACAGCUUCAAGCGGAGUUACUCCAGCCCCAGAUCCACUCCUCCCCCCAGGUCCAGCAGCCAGUGUCUCUCCUUCAGCAGGCUGGAGAUCUGCUCACCAUUCAGACCAGCUUUCCAACACAGCCUCCGUCCCACACAUCUCCCCCACAACAGCUCUUCCAAUCACCCAGGCCUCUGGCUGAGACGCAGGGCUCCCAGCAGCAGGUCCAGGCAGCGUUGCUCCAGAACACACUGACGGUUUUGACUGGCGGCAGUCUGAAUUCAGAGCAGCAGUCAACAGGCUCAACCUUGUACCUGUCCCCAAACCCUCAGCCUCAACAACAGCAGCAGCAGCAGCAGCAACAGCAGCAGCUGGCCUUCAUCUCUUCCAUGGAGACAUCAGGCCAACCCCAGUCUGUCGGAAUGUUUCAGAACCAACCACAAGCCCAGCUUUCUCAGUUGCAGCAACAGAGCACCCCCAUGGAGCAGCAGCAGUCUCCUCAGCAGAACCAACAGCAGCAACCACAGCUUUCAAUGGGCCAGCAGGGCUCAUUAUUCCAAAGUAUACCCAACCACUCACAGACAAACCCUGUCCCGCAGAGCCAGCUCUCACAACCCCAGCAGACAGGUCUGCUCCUCUGCACCACAGACCUGAACCCCCAGGCUAUCCCCCCAACUAUUCUCUUCAGCACUCAGACUGGAGGCCCUCCUCCCAUUGGCAGCAUUAGCGUUGGAAUCUCACAGCCUGAUCCAGCUGAACCAAUGUCCUUCCAAGACCAGAGCUCCUCAAACAGUAACUCAACGUCUGCUGAGAACCAGCAGCAGAGCCUGUUCCAGGAGCAGCAGCCAAUGCAAGUAGGUCCGAGUUCCAGCAGCCUUCCGAGCAGUCAACCUGUGGACCUGUUCCUGCCACAGGCUUCUCUAUCCAGCCUGCAGAGCACGAUUGGCACACAGGAGCUAAACAAUCAGCCUCCAGCCCCUGGCACAACUAUCUUUGUGGUUCAGGGAGGUGUGGGUGUAGUAGCCAACCCUGGCCAACAGCCGCCAGAACAGCUUUUCCAGACAACUGUGGGUGGAAAUGUGGCUCCACAAGGACAGACUAACCUGUUUGUGUUUGGCAUCCAGAAUGACUCGCCCCAGCUGCUUAACUCCUCUGGACCCACCCUGCCAGCUCAGGGUCAGCCCCAGAACUCCACACACAUGCAGCCGCUGCUGGAGCAGCCCAUGUCUCAAACUGCCUCCACAAUGCCCGUCACCAUGCAUGGCAGCCUACAGAACACCCUUCAGGCACAAAUGCAAUCCAGUUUAGAGAACGCCAUGCAGACUAGUCUACAAAAUACAAAGUAGACAAACCCAUGGCUGUUCAGCCAGACAACCUUAGAGACAAGUCUGCUGACUCCAAUGCAGACAAAUCUACAGAUGCAGAUGAAGAGCAGGUUCCAGAGUCGGCUGCAGCAAUCAAUAUCUGCAUCAUCCAACGUGGAUAAAAUCGAGGACCUGCUGGAGAGCCUGCAGAAGCAGUCGUAAGUGUUUGGACCUUGUGGGCACUAUAAAGAGUGAGUGAUAUGUAGCCGAAAGUUAUACAUCCAUACAUCAACAAAUACAUGGUGGCGUGUGGCGUUUCGUGCCAAUUUCACUAAACUUACAAAUUUUAACUUAGAAUUAGAAGUCCCUUUCCACAUUAACCCAAAUUUUGAGCUCUUGUUUUAAUGGAAUAUUUAUGAUUAAUCAUAGACAUCAUAAGCCCCUGUCCUCUAUGACUCCAUCUUUUUUUCAGCCCUCUUGCAGGAUCAGAGAGGUCUGUAAUAACUGUUUUAUCCAUCAAUCUGAGAAAUGCAGUGUUUGUUUUGUAUUUUAAUAAAAUGAGCCUAAGAAAUGGCGCUGAUGAUGAUGACAAAAUACCUACCAGGUUUGGUGGAUAAACUGGAAAGGAAUAAAGAAUGUAAACGACACGAUAUAAGGAGAAAAGAAAUGUGACGCGGAUGAGUCUGUAAGAGAGGGCAGAGUUGAUAAAACAGACAGCCAUGCAGUGAAUAACAGUGAAGAAUAGCAGAUACUGGCUGAAUCUCAUUUGUUGGGUGUGUAAACUCUCAGCCUGUACUUUCUUUUCAAGAGGCAGAGCCUGUCAGGUGUGUUUUUGCCUGUUUGGAGAAACAGUUGAAAUAGUGGGCCUGGACCUGGCGUAAAAACAGAACUCAAAAUAUUAAAAUCAUAAGACCAUUGAUAAUUUAACUAUUUUUGCUUGUAUGUCAAAAAUCUGACUAUAAUAUACUCCAAGAGUAACUGCUAUUAAAUUAAGUACAUUUGUAGAAUGUUUGGUAGUGUUAGGCUUGCUGGCGUGACUUGCACGUCUAAUCUGACUCCUGAAUGAGGGGAAGAAUUGACUGUAGAUGUAAACAAACAAAAAUAGCUCUCUUACCAGAAUUAGGUAUAGGUAUGAAUUGGUUCAUGUAAUACAGGUUUCCCUUAUAUGCAAAAAGAGUUUGGACUAUUUAUCACACGCAAAUGAGAUUCAACCUGGUGAAUAAUGUGACUUGGCCUUUCAUUUUGGCACCUCCUAGUGUUUCCAUACAGUCAGGCCUCCUCGCCAGAAGUUCAGGAGCUUUCUUGGUGAAAUUCUAAGUAACUUUCAAGUGUAUGUAGUGUGUGUAUCUUUAUUUGUAUUUUUUUGAAGAAGUUGGUAACUUUUACCAAAUUAAUGUGGUUAGGAAGUAACUUUCCACUAGUGAAAAAGGAGUGUUGUGUGGUUUUAUAAACAUUUUAUCUCAAGCACUUUAUAACCUCUAGCUAAUCCUUAUAUCCGUCCACAGCUCUCUACUGACCCAGCGGAUUUGUACUUGGAAAUGUCCGGUUAAAAAAAAAGAGAAAAAUAGAAAACAUAAAGCAGCCGUCUUUGUAAAAGGUUAAUACAUCCUAACAAAGCAUUUUUACAUUUUGUCAUGUCUAAAUAUUUUUGAAGUCUAGGACAACUUUGUAUAAAAUGUCUGCUCACUGUUAAAUUCCUUUUUGUAUUCAGUCUCAGUGGUCCAGUCGAGUCUGUCAAAAAACAAAACAAAAAAAACAGCCAUUCCCACUUAAGCAUUGUCAUUUCUCAGUGUUAGAGUGGUUACUAGGCCUGUGUGUGUUACACAAUAACAAAACCUAAAAUAUUGAUUCAUUUAGUUUGUGAAUUGAAAUGAAGGAUAUUCAUUGUAUUGCUAUUUGUACUAUUUGCUGUUCAAUCUGUCACUUGAGACUGUUUUACCUUGUGUUGUGUUAAAUAUUUAAGUUUUUGUCAGUGUUGGUACCGUGUGCAGGCUGGCACCAUGUGAAGUUGGCAUCCAGUACCCGUCCCUUGUGUUGUGAACAGGGGACUUACUGGUUUAUGAAAUCUCUGUUACAUAGAGGCCGCCAUUUUGAUCUAUCCAUGGUGCUAUGUGCAGGAGUGAUGGGGCACUUCUGAUGUGAUGUUAGUACAUAACAGUUUCUACUUGUAUAUCAAUAGCACUGACAUUAUUUGUUAGUUUGGAGGCAGAGUUGAGUCUAGAGAGCUGGCUGUUGUUGCGGGGUCAGACUGGAGAGCACCCAGGCAUACCAAAGCUCCUGUUGUGAACCAUCGUCAUUUUGUCUCAUACUUGUCCUAUCAAAUGCCCUCAUAAUGUUUACUCAUUUGUACUUACUCGUUUAAAUUAUGCAGCUCUUAUAUGAAUAGCAUUUCAGCAUGUUGUUUUAAGUACAAGAUUUAUAAAAGAUAUGUACGGUACUUUGUUUCAUGGAUCAGUUAAUUCUCUAACAUUUCCACCAAUUUGAUAUUUUCUCAUUACAUUACUCUAUUUUUUGAUGCAAAAAAAACAAACACUGAUGUACUUUCCAUAUCUACUUCAGUAGCCAAUUUGGCACUAUCAAAAAGCCAAUUUUGAGAAUAAUUCAAACGUUAGAAUAGCAUUGCUCAUACACAUUUGUUUACAUUUUCAUAGUCAUGCUAUUUUGUCCUGCAGCUCUUAGUGAUCCAUUUUAAAGUAACUUAUCUUUUUUAGAAUUUUGUAUCCAUGUAUCAAAAUGUAGAGUAUUUUUGUAAAACUAAACUUUUGGUUUAUGCUCAUAGCACAUAAUAUCAUUGCUGUUAUGUUUUCAUGAAAUGAAGCGCAGGUUGUAUUGUCAAGUGUAUGACUGAACUUAGAAAUGUCAUCAAGGGAACGUUGAGCAAAAAUGUUGGAACAUAAGUCACAUUGUUUCAACAUUACUUUUACCCAACCUGUGUAACAUAAUACAUGGGCUCGUUUUCUUGUGUGUGUGCGUGUGUGUGUGUGUUUUGAUUUAACUUCUUUAUUUGCAUCUCAAAUGGCACUUUGACUUAUCCAUUAACUGUAGGUCAGGUUAGAGCGCAGUAGUGAUGUUUCCAAGCAUUCCAUUCCUCUAGAUCUGAGGAGUUUAAGAGCACAUGAUGUUUGCAGGAGAAGUGCGGAACAGCGAUGCCUCUUAAAGCCAUACCAACACAGAAAGCCAACCUGUGACUUCAGUUUCAUGAAUGUAAAUUUUACCUCAUGGUGUGGACAUAGAGCUUGCUCUACAUCUAACAUCGGACCAAUUACAGUUUUAGAGGUCGUGUUUCUAGGCAGAGGGGAAUCAUGGUGUGGCACCAACUGUCAAUUGUAUCACUGUACAUUUGUCAGAGUGUUUUGUGGUGGGUUGUGAUGUAGUGUCAUGUUCAAGCUGUUUCAUUUUGAGCAAGUCCAGGAUGCUCAGUCUGACUCUCCAAAUAGCCACUUCCACUCAGAAAAAAAACCAUGUGGAACAUGAAUUUAACGGUGAAGAUAGCACACAAAUCUUUACACAAUAUCAGUUUUGUCCUUCAGUAAUGUAAUUGAAUAUCCAUUUAUAUUUAAAUGUGAAGUAUACUGCAGGGGUAUCUUGAAUUUCAAUUGUGAUGCUUUCAACAGAACUCUGUGUGCCUUGAUAACUUAACUGUUAAUCUGCUGUGUUUACUGGUGUCCCUUGUGUGUCAUUGCUAUUUGGCUCCUUGUCCUUUUCUGUUUUUGGAAUGUUUAAGAUCCAGAUUCCUUUCAGUGAUUCAGAUAUAUAUUAUUAUUUCCUAACACAAGCAUAACCAUAACUCAUCCAACACAUUUCAGUUUGAACACUCUGUAUUUAUACAUCCAUUGCAAGAUAUCAGAAUGAGUUCUCUCAACAUUAUAUUGUGCAGCUUCACCAACAAAUUUUCGACUUGUUCAUUUUCUGUUGAAAAUGCUUUUAUGCCUCAUGAGAUUGUACAUGUGAGGUAAAAGGGACGAGACAGAGGAGAUUGUUUUAAUGGAGAGCUUUCCUGUGUUGAUGUGCUUGUCAACAUUACUAUUGUUGCUGUGAAUUGUUUGAUCAAAAGGAGCAACCAUAAUGAAUUAACUGUUAAUUGCCAAUAGUGUGAGCUUUAUCUUGUGUGUAAUCAGUUUGCUCACUUUUCCUAGUUCACUUUCUAUUUCACAUCCUCCAACAGUUCUGUUUUGUCCAUUCUGUGUAGCUUAAGCUUAAGUAUCUAGCCUUAAGACCCUGCAGUCGGACUAAAGGUCAACCCUAGUGUGUUAUUAUACAUCUGAUUUAUUAUUUACAUGUACUUUGCCUUGGUCUGGACAUUUGUAUACUCUUUUGUUUAUAUCUGUAAUCCUGCUGCUACAUUAAAUGAAUUAAUAAAAAAGUCUAAGCAUCCUUA